GCUAUUGUCCAAUGUCCAUAGCAAGGAACUUCACUAAACACUCUCAAAGGGAGUGGUCAUGAUCACAAUGACCAAGUUUUCUCUACCUUGUCUGCUAAUCUUCCUCUUGAACUUGGGUUCUUUGUUUAUCUCUCUUGCUUGCCCUUACUGCCCAUACCCAUCUCCUCCUACUCAACACCCACCAAAACCUCCACAUGUCAAGCCACCCUUCCCACCAAAACACCCCCCUAAACCUCCCAAACCUCCUGUUGUAAAACCACCAUAUGGACCAAAACCUCCUUAUGUGCCUAAGCCACCCAAGCCUCCUGUUGUAAAACCACCGGCACCAUAUGUACCAAAACCUCCUUAUGUGCCCAAGCCACCCAAGCCACCAAUUGUAAAACCACCAUAUGUUCCUAAACCUCCUCAUGUGCCUAAGCCACCCAAGCCACCAAUUGUGAAACCACCAUAUGUUCCUAAACCUCCUCAUGUGCCAAAACCACCCAAGCCUCCUAUUGUGAAGCCGCCAUUUGUGCCUAAACCUCCUUAUGUGCCAAACCCACCCAACCCUCCUAUUGUGAAGCCACCAUUUGUGCCUAAACCUCCUUAUGUGCCAAAACCACCCAAGCCUCCUAUUGUAAAGCCACCAUUUGUGCCUAAACCUCCUUAUGUGCCAAAACCACCCAAGCCUCCUAUUGUAAAGCCACCAUUUGUGCCUAAACCUCCUUAUGUGCCAAAACCACCCAAGCCUCCUAUUGUAAAGCCUCCAUAUGUGCCUAAUCCUCCUGUGGUCACACCCCCAUUCAUUCCCAACCCCCCAAUUGUGAAACCCCCAAUACACCCUCCUCCUCCACCCAAACCUCCAGUUGUAACACCACCACCACCAGAUGUGCCAUGUCCUCCUCCUCCUCCAGCUGUGCCUGUGCCUGUGCCUUAUCUACCACCACCACCACCAAAACAACCCACCUGCCCAAUUGACACUUUAAAGCUAGGUGCAUGUGUGGAUGUGUUGGGGGGUUUGGUUCAUAUUGGUAUUGGAAGUAGUGCUAAGGACACUUGUUGUCCAGUGCUUCAAGGACUUGUGGAUUUGGAUGCUGCUGUGUGCCUUUGCACCACCAUUAAGGCUAAGCUUCUAAACCUCAAUAUUAUCAUUCCAAUUGCUCUUCAGGUCCUCAUUGACUGUGGCAAGACUGUACCAUCUGGGUUUCAAUGUCCUGCUUCUUAACUAAGGAGACAAAUCAACAAAUUGGGACCCAAAAGUGAAAGGAAUCUUGCAUUAUAGUCUUAAGCAUAUAUAUGUUUUUUUUUUAAAUUUUAUUUUGCCUAAACUAGUUCAAUGUAUGUCCAUGGGUGUACAAUCAUGUUUGGUGAUGAUGAUGUGAUGGGUUUGUUGUUCUUGUUAAUGAAUGAGUAUGAAUUAUAUAUUUGAUUUUUGUACAA